AUGGCAACACAAAGAGUUCUACAAGCCUAUGAUGUACUCGAGCUCAUCUUCGCUUCGUUUCGGGUCUCGACAGAUGUCGAUAAACGGUCAUUUGGGAUCAACGAUGCCCGCAAGGGUGACCUGGCUCGUGCCGCACGAGUUUGUAGAGCAUUUUUUCUGCCAGCAGUGAAGCUACUCUGGGAAAAGAUGAAUGAUAUCCUUCCUCUCUUUGAGCUCUUUGAAGGAUUGCAUCUGAUCGAGAGAGAUGUCUCCGAGGAAGGCCCCUCUCAUGGCAAAGAGCUAGCCUAUGUGUUCAGAUUCGCGUACAAGUCUCCACAUGGAUAUGCGAUGAGCACACACAAAGCAAGGGAGUUCCACGUGCAGUUGCUAUUUGACGAACUCUCUGUCAAGGCACAUUCUUUGAAGCACCUCACCAUAGUUGGAAUCGACCAGCUUUCCUCUGUGCUCCCAUUCUCUGUUUGUAACAGGUUAUGCAAGGUCCAUCUCGGUAUUCGAUCAAAACUCGAUCCAGCCAUGUUAUCAAUGCUCGCUUCAUUCCAAUUCCUCACAGACCUUUCUUUGUUCUAUUCGGACAUUGGUCACUCGACAUCUCUUGUACACAUGGCUGCAUUGAAGUGCCUGCACCUGUAUAGCCAUGUCCAUUUCCUCACCCGUUUCUUCAAAUCUGUGCGACUUCCAAAAAUCCAGUCGUUAAAAAUCAGUCUAGCUCGAGUUCAGGAUCCUGACAGCUCCCAUCCUUUAUCAGCGUCGAUCGCAGAUUGCUGCGCGGAAACGUUAUCGCUCCUGCAAAUCCACAUUUGCGCAGAACAGUGGUCAUCUCCGCUGUCAGGUCAGGAUCUGCAGAAAUUAGCAGAGGCAUGGCCUAAGCUUACGGCGAUAGACAUCGUAUAUGAUUCUGGUGGGCCUCGAGAACCCCACCUCGACUCUCUGCUGCACUUCGCGACACUCUGCCCAGAGCUGAGAUCGAUUCAUAUCGCCCCGCUCUCAACAGUUCCACUUCCAGACCUCGGUCCACUUCCCAUUCUAUCUCACGGCCUCCAAUCAAUCUCGUUCGACCAUCCAUCAAGGUCCCCGAUUACAGAUCCUCGUGGGGUGGCGUUGUUUCUGGAUCGUCUCUUCCCGAACAUAGACAUGGCUGAAUGUGAGCGGCUGCUUAGGAAAGCGGCUGCUAAGGGCGGGCAAAAAGCGUCUACUGAGGACUGGCAGGAGGUUUUGACAUAUUUAUCUGAUUUCCGGCUGGUAAGGAACCAGCAGGGUAUUCGACUCGGAGCAGGACAGGCUUGA